CCAACUUCUGUCUGUUUGUGACUUGUAGCUGAUCCUUCCUGAAUGCAUGAAGCUGCUUCCUGUGUAUUUGAAUUGUGUGUUGAAGAGUGACGUCCUUCAGCCUGGUCCAGAGGUCACAACGGAUGACCGUGCCUACAUUCGUCAGUUAGUCACAUCCAUGGAUGUGGCAGAAACAAAUGUUUUCUUUUAUCCCAGGCUUUUGCCCCUGACCAAAGCAGAUGUUGACAGUGACUCCUUGCCAGCAGCAAUACGGAACUCAGAGGAACGUCUCUCCAAGGGUGACAUAUACCUGCUGGAGAAUGGGCUGAACAUCUUUGUGUGGGUGGGAGUCAACGUGCAGCAAGGCCUGAUCCAGAACCUCUUUGGAGUGUCAUCCUUCAGUCAGAUUAGCAACACCUUGAGUACCCUGCCUGUUUUGGAAAACCCCUUUUCAAAGAAAGUACGAUCUAUUGUUGACAUGCUUCAAGUGCAGAGAUCCCGCUACAUGAAGUUAAUAAUUGUGAAGCAAGAAGAUAAGCUGGAAAUGCUGUUCAAACACUUUCUAGUGGAGGACAAGAGCCUGAGUGGGGGGGCUUCUUAUGUGGACUUCCUGUGUCAUAUGCACAAGGAGAUUCGGCAGCUACUGAGCUAGAGGAGGGAGUGGUGCUGGAACUCAGCAGUGACAUUUCAGUCUCCACUAAUGACCUGAUCGGAAGGCCCAGCGCCCUCAAAGAGGACAACGUAGAAAUCUGUACAAUUCCAUAAUUUUUAAUACACAUUGCAUAAGCAGAAAUCCUUUCAACCUCUCCCAGUCCUGUAUGAGAGAUGAAAAAUUUUCCUGGUGAGGGCUA